CAUGAAAAGAAAACAUUCUAGGUAUACAUUGCUGGAUAUACCCGUGACUACCCUAACUGGGAGCUGCUUACCAAACAUACCAAAACAAACCAACUUUGUCACGUAGUUAUCUCAUAAUUACAUCUUAAUUAUGCUUUGAAAUUUGUUUAAUGGCGAGACCCAUUUGCCAUUUUUAGUCUCAGUGGUUGUUCACAUGAAAUGCUUUGCUGGAUAGCAGUUAUGUAUGACAACAGUUAAUGCGUAGCGGUGGGUAUACGGUAGCAACAAAAACUACCAUGCAACAAAUCUAGGAGACUAUAAUAGUGGUGGAGAUGAGGGAGGAGAAAAUGGAAUAAGAGAUCAGAUGCAGAAUGAGGCCUUCUCCAACUCCCCCAACUCCUCAGGAACCUAGACAUCGCCAAGCAGGGCCAAUAGAAGAUGGAACAAGCAGAAGAACGCAAGCACAAAGACACUCCAAAGAUUCUGAAAAAGGAACACAUAGUCCCCGGCCUGACAGGAACUCAAAUCUCAGAUUGUUUUACCUGAGAUUGGCGCUGAUUUUGAUUAUUUGUGGAACCUUGGUAACCCUCCUUUGUUCUCCUGCAGUAGACUCAAGUUCAAGCCACUUAAGGCCAAGGUCAAGGUUUGGAGAGGUAGGAUGGCUGUGGGAGAGAAAUUUCAUAGAUGAGCGCUAUGUUGCAGUAGAGGAGGUUGACUGGUCACAAGUGUCAAAAUAUUUGGCAUCUUUGAAUAAAUUAGAAAAAGAGCUGAAGGUGGGAUUGCUGAAUUUUGGUGAGGAGGAAGUGCAGAAGUGGCAGCAGCUGGCCCCUGGUUCAGAAUUUAUCACCUUUACAUUUGACUAUGCAAGAAGAGAUGUGAAAUGGGAAACUUUAUAUCCAGAAUGGAUUGAUGAGGAUGAGGCAUUUGAGGUGCCCAAGUGCCCCCAACUGCAUUUGCCCAAAGUCCCUAAGAAUACUAAGCUAGAUGUAGUUGCUGCUAAAUUGCCUUGCAGAAAAUGGGAGAAAAACUGGUCCAGAGAUGUUGCUCGUCUACAUCUGCAGCUUGCAGCUGCAAAUCUGGCUGUGUCUUCAAAAGGGCAUGGGGUCUAUGUGCUUCUCAUAACCGAAUGGUGGCCUUCUCCUAACAUUUUUACUUGUAAAGAUCUCAUAAGCCAUGAAAACGAUACAUGGCUCUACAAGCCCAAUGCAUCAAUACUGAAAAGCAAGCUGAAACUCCCAGUUGGAUCCUGUCAGCUUGCAGUGCCUCUCAAAGCCAAAGUUCGACCAUAUUCAGGUAACCCUAAGCGCGAAGCAUAUGCCACAAUAUUGCAUUCAGCUGAAUUUUAUGUCUGUGGAGCAAUUGCUGUUGCUCGGAGUAUUCGUCUAACAGGUUCCAAACGAGAUUUAGUAAUACUUGUUGAUGCGACAAUUAUUGCUGAGCACAGACGGGGACUUGAAAUGGCAGGUUGGAAAUUGAGGCAAAUUGAAAGAAUUAGAAAUCCAAAGGCUGAGCGUGAAGCAUACAAUGAGUGGAACUACAGUAAGUUCCGACUGUGGCAGCUUACAGAUUAUGACAAGAUUAUUUUUAUAGAUGCAGACUUGCUUAUCCUUAGAAACAUAGACUUUCUUUUUGGUAUGCCAGAAAUCACAGCAACUGGGAAUAAUGCAACACUCUUCAACUCUGGUGUAAUGGUCAUUGAACCAUCUAAUUGCACCUUUCAGUUGCUCAUGGAUCAUAUCAAUGAUAUAGAAUCGUAUAAUGGGGGUGACCAAGGUUAUUUAAAUGAAAUAUUCACAUGGUGGCAUCGCAUGCCAAAACAUAUGAAUUUUUUGAAGCAUUUCUGGUCAAGUGAUGCAGAUGAGAAGGAGCUCAAAACCUAUCUCUUUGGAGCUGAUCCUCCAGUCUUGUAUGUUCUACACUACCUAGGGUUAAAACCAUGGCUCUGCUUCCGAGAUUUUGAUUGUAAUUGGAAUAAUCCGAUCCUGCAAGAAUUUGCCAGUGAUGUUGCCCAUGCUCGUUGGUGGAAAGUACACGAUUCAAUGCCUGAGAGCCAACAACAGUUUUGUUUGCUACGUUCAAAGCAAAAGGCUUUCCUAGAAUGGGAUAGAAGACAAGCUGAAGCAGCAAAACUACCUGAUGAGCAUUGGAAACGGAAUAUUACUGAUCCACGCUUGCAAAUAUGCAAUGAAAGUUUUUGCUUUUGGGAGAGCAUGUUAUGGCAUUGGGGGGAAGCAAAUUACACAGAAAAUGCUACUACUGAAGCUCCGCCAAAAACAGUUGCAUUGUAACUAUAUAUUCUUUGAAACGCUCUGAAUGACAUAAACAGAGCUUUCAUGUUAAGUUUUGAAUCCCCCUCAAAUAAUCCAUGUUCUACCACUCUUGCUUAAUCCAUUGUACACUAAUCAUGAGUGUACAUUGUAUAAUCAUUUUGUUUUUUAUUGUAAUAAUUAUUUCAAUUCUCUUUA